AUGGAAAACAAGAAACCUGGGCCAGCCGUGCGCGGUCUGGUCGUGCAGCAACAUAACCGCAAACCUCUCUUUGGCAACACGAGGCAAACGGCGACGGCGCCCGCGCCCCCGCACGAAACGAGAAUACCGCCUUUGUCGCGGUCCAAGUCGAGCCCUGCCACCCAUGAUAUUCCCGGCCCUGCGUCCCCUGCAACACCCGGCGGUUCCCGCAUACCGCGCUUCGGCAGCAGGAAGGCCUUGUCGCUCACCGAGGCGUUCGAUCGCGCGGCCAAAGAGGAAAGCAACGCCCGCCCAGGCCAAAUCGACGGCUCUCCUAGCCCGGCACCGCGAUCCUGGCGCAAGCGACAAGACGACGCAAUGCGCAUGGCCCUGAAUGAGGACCCCCUCGACAAACUCGCCGUGUCGCCAAACAAGGAGCGCAUCGCGAUGCGAAACCGCGUCGACGAUGGCAUUGCCCCAACGCGAACAAGCCGUUGGGUGCUGGAAGAGGGCAUGCGCGACGCCGACGCUCUCCUCCCCUCCACGGAGAAUGUGGCGCCGGGGCUUGAGGCUUCGCCGGAAAAAAGCUACGCCUGGCAGGUAGACGAGGACUUUACCGCGGGUGACUUGCAAGUGUCCGACAGCCCACGAAUACGAGUCAACCAACCACCGUUUACAAAGGCGGCACGAUCCGAGUCGCCGCGGAAAGGCACUACGCCCAACACGAAGCUCGACGAGAUAAGGGCCCGCGAGCUGGGGCUGACGCCAAAUGUGGCCAGUGCAAGGAAAUCGACAAAGCUAGACGACAUUCGACUACGGGAAGAGGAGGCCGAUAAAAGAGUUCCCUUGCUGGAUAGUGGAUUUCCGCGCAUUGGCGGAUUUACCAAGCUCGACGAGAUCAAGCAGCUAGAAUUGCAAGGGCUGUCGAAGCGGGCUGCUGCCCAGGCCAAGCUCGCGGAGAUUAAAGAGCGCAACGCCAUGACAAGAUCAGUCUCACCUGACUUUCCGCGGAGAAACUGGCCCGGCCGUGGGGCAGACAUCCCGCGCGCGAAGUCGGUUUUUGAACCUGUUGGACGCCAAGUGCCCGACACGCCGGUCACCAUUUACAAGUCGGAAGCUGAGAGAAGAGCCGACGACGCGCAGCGGGCGGCCGCGAGAAAGACGGAAGAAAAGGGAAAGGAAAAGGAAACCAAAACCAAGGCAGCAAACCGCGGUGUAAACGGACUGUCCCCGGACAAGCGCGACCAGUCACGCGAGUUGCUGCGCAAGCUUGCCCGCGCCGCAAGCGCCAGUCCAGCUCCCGAACGAGCACGCGAUGAGACACACAAGAAUACCUCUGUUCCUCCCAAGCCCGAGGCCCCCCGUGCCAGCUCCCUGAAGCGCUCCGCCCUCGCCGACGGCAGCCGGCGGCCGUCAAAUACAUCGUCCAACGCCUCCAAAAGUGCGUCCUUGGAGCGCCCGACGGUAGGCUUUGCCGGGCUCGCGCGCUCACGGUCCAGCGACUCGCGCAAGAGCAAGCGCUCCAGCGUGCACUCGGAACAGGACCCGACGGAUCGGAUCGAGGCCGAGGAGAGGCUAUUUGAGGCAGCGGAUAAUUACUCCGAGUACGGCUCGGUGCGCGCACCGUCGCCGUCAGCGGACGAGGAGGAGAGGAAUGAUAACGAUGCGACGCCGAAACAGCCCAGCAAGCAGGAUAUCCUGUCGAUGCCCACGCCGCGUGCGCCAGGGGCGUUUGUGGACACGCCUGUUACAAUUAAACAGGAGGACCGCGGCGGCCGGCGGAGACUAAGCUUGGAUCAGUCACCGGAUAUCAAGCCGGACCUGGCGUUUCGCAAUGGGAAGCCGGAUCUGGCCCGGGGCAGUAAAGAUGCCAACGCAGCGUCGGGCGAAAAGGUCAAACCCGUGUCGGACUUGGCCCUGUGCAGCGACGAUGUCGAAACGGCGUCGGACCCCGGCACGGCCCAGGAGAAGCCCGUGAGACGGCGCCGGCUGAGCCUGCCUAGAAGGCAGCCGCUCACCAACUCGGCCAAGCUGCCGUCGGUGCGCGACGAUCUGCGCGAGAUUCAGCGCGCGCACAAUAUCAGAGACGGCACGCUGGAUAAUCUCGAGGAUAUUCUACUGGGCAAGAAGACGACGAAUGAGGAGCUGGACCUGCUGCUCCAACAAUAUCCGGUAGUGGCAGACGUGGAACUAAAACGUGAGCCCAAAGGAAGCGUGGACGAGAUCACGUUGAAAACAGAGCUGCAACGCAACGUCGACGCAGCGCUGGAUGACGAGCUAGCCGCGUAUGAAGCGCUGAGUGCCUCUGUCGAGCGCGAUCUAGGAGUGCAAAAGGACGGCACGAAACAGACGCUGCCGAGCCAAACGAGUCAACCCGACAAGAUGCAACCCAUCGAGGCGCCACCGGGCCAAACGAACCGACCAGCCGAAAAGACGCAUCCCAUCGAAGAAAAGCUGCGCAAGAACCAAAAGCAGCCAGAAGACGAGGACACCAAACCCACGAAACAAACCACCCACCUCCACAUCAUGGACGAAAAACACAACGCCGCCACCUGCCCGCUGUGCGUCAUCCCGGUGCCUCGCUCCGUCACGUACCUGCACCUGCCCCUGCCACGUCUCUUCCACGUCUCGCCGCGCCCGCGCCUGACGCUCCUCGGAUUCCUCCUGUGUGCGCUGGCGGUGUGGUGCGCCGCCGAGACGGCCAUGUGCGGGCUGUACUGCCGCCCGGCGACGUGUGCGGGCCCGUGCGUGUGGUCCUUUGACGACCCCGCGGGCUUUGGCGCGGCGCUGCCCAUCAAGCUGGACCAGUGGACGACGGGCGGCCGCGGGCGCGCGGCGUGGGCGGCGCUCCGAGAGGAUGUGCUCGACGGGCUGGAUGGCCUGUGGGGCGUGGGGGAUGUGCGGCACAUGACACCGGCGCAGCGGAGGCGGCAUCGCAGGCGGUUAGGCAGGGGAAAGGGCAUGAGUGAGGAACAGAGGGCAAAGGCGGAUGCGUGGCGGAGAGAACGCGAGGCGGGACAGAGGGGAGGUAGGGAGGAGGAGGCUGUGGGAGACGAUGAGAGAGUGUGGUAG